UAUUCAUUCACAAAACGUCAGCUUUAGAGAAAGGUGGACAAAAUACCCAAAAGAGAACUUAUCACAACUUGUAAUCUGUUUUAGUCCCUGUUGUGGUGCAUUCUUUUACAGUGGUAAACUCGCCGCCUUCUGAGCCGAGCCCAGUGAAUAUGGUAAUUGUCAAUAGCUCUCAGCGCUGCCUGAGCUUUUGGAUAGAUCAAUAAAUCGGCUAACUGGGAUAAUUAAAUUUGAAAUAGACAAAUGGAACAGUGUUCUUCUCUUUGUAACUGGGCGAGAUUAAACGUACAAUAUGCUUUGUUACAACUGAACCGUAUAAUUUCUCUUUUCUUUUCUAGCCCGAAAACAUGCUGGUCCGGUCUUAACAAUCAAAGGAGACCGAUUAUGCGCGGACGUUGAAAAGCUGCUCGAUGAUAUAAAUAAGGAUGCGAGGUCGGGAGGCAGGAAGGCUCGAAAUUUAGACACAGCCACGGAGCAGCUGUUGAUGUGGAUGUUCACUGCAAAGAGGAGCUGGGUUGGAUUUUCGGAAGGCACCCGCGCAAAAUGUUUACCUUCGCAUCGUCGUUCUGUUGGUUAUUUCUUGUGGUGAUUUCUUCGUGCGGACAGGGAGAAGUGUUCACGAACUUUGACGGUGCAACGUACGUGACCUACUCUUACAAUGGACAGCCGAGAACCCUUCCAGACGAUAUCGUCAUCGUUUUCAAGACGAUUAAAGCUUCUGGAAUACUUUUUCACGCUGCAAGCCGCGAAGGCGACUUCAUAACACUGGAGCUCCUGCGAGGCAAAAUCAGGUGAGCGUCUUAGGAUAGUUUUUGCUUCUUUAUCUUAGUUUACAUCUAAGCAUAUGUUCGCUGUGAAGUGCGAUUUUGAUUCCUCUUUUUCAAAAAAAAAAAAACAAGCAACGACAUUUUUGCCAAUAACCGUUCUCGGAAAGCCUGACACACCUCCUGUCAGAGGCGAAUAAUUGUUUUAUUUCAUUCGAGCGCGUUUUUGUUAAAGAGAGAAGAAAACGAAGACGAUAUCGUCUGGAAGGGUUCUCGGCUGUCCAAGCUAUUUGUCAAGGAAACUAUUCUUUCAGUUUUUUUUUUGGUGCCGAGCAAGAGACUUAAUUUUAUAUUACGCUAUAAUUAUUUUUUAAUAUCUGGUUGAAUUUGUGCAGACUUCUGCUGGGAAAAGUGUAAUUUCAAAAAUUGAAAUUAUUUAGAUGAAAAAGGAUAAAAAUGUUUAGUUUAAAAUUCUAUUACUCCUCCCUACCAAAAACCGGUAGACUAUAUCAGUUUUAAAAAAAUGAGAAUGCAUCCGUGAUCGAUCAAUCUUCCUUUUUAAUGGGUUCGAACUACAUUUAAAUUGUUAGUGAGCCCUGCAUGAUCUCUCCGUGUUUGUAGGAAGCUCAGACCCUUAACAUUCUUAUAAAAUUUAGUCUAAGGAGAGUGGUUUUGAAAUUCUAUCGAGGAUACCGCGCGUUGCACUGUUCCAAUGUUUGACGGUUUUGUCGGAAGGAGAAUUAUUUUCAUUACUUUUGAUUAUUUGGUCGUAAAAUCGAAAUUCAUUUGAUGUUUAAGAUUUCCGUUUACUUUAUUUGCGAUUAUGUGUAAGCUGCAAAAUCAAAAACUUCUGAAUAGUAACUCUCGUAAUUUGUUUUUUGCGGCUUUUGGGUCAAGGACGCCCCUCUGAGAGUUAUCCAGCUAUAAUAAGGUUUUUCCUCCUUCAUUCCGUUACUUUCGCCGAUCAGCUCAUUGAACAAGCCGUGCAUAGUUGGCCCGUAGUUACAAAACGCCGUAGUCGACCCACAGGCAUUGUUGUAGGAACAGAUUCAGUAGGAAGCUAAUUACAGAGAAAAGUUUAUUGUGUGCUCUCGAAGAAAUCCAUCGUUUGCACCUGCGUCUCCGAAGAUUUGCGCAUGCUCAUUUCGGUGGACUCGUCAUGAAAUAUUCAUAUGGAGUGUCCUGUUCCUGAAAUGUAAGUCAUCGAGUAAUGUUACAAUAAAAAAAUAAACUUUUUUUGAAAAGUCUGACUGAAAAGAGAAGGUGUUUUUUGCUGUGGGAAACGUCUUAGUCACGGAUGGUACACUUACGUACCUGUACACUGCGAUAUCUAUUCAUUUGAUCGAACGCGUAAUAAUUGGUAGAUCAUAACAGAUUCGUUCUCACUUUAUGUUGUAUUCACGUUCAUGAUGUGAAUAAACACAGACUAGAAUUUGAAUACUAGAUCAGCCGAAUUUAGACAGCACACAGAACGCCGGCUGUUUUUGUGCUGAUUACUAUAUCCUUAAACUGCAAGCACUAUUAAAAACAAAAAUUUUUCAACGCGACUAAGCUUUUAUUACCUCGUACAAGAACACGAUUUCUUGAUUUUGGUUUCCAGAUUUCUUUAGACAUAUAGCCUUGAUGGUAUUAAUCUAUGAUUAUUGCUUCUAUUGGAUACUUGCAAUAAGAAAAACGAAACUCGGUCGUAGACCAAUUUUGCUUUAACGUUCUGCCUGUUUUUUCUUCUUGCCAUGCAAGAAGCACCAAAUUUUAAGCUUGUUCAAAACAGACUUCUACAGCCUGGGAAGUAUCGUCAUGAAUAAUAGAACCUGAGUGGCUUUGUGCCUCCGCCGUCUUUGAGGGUAGAUGGUAUAAACAAAAAGAGUUAAAAACAGAGAGUUUUAUUCCAGAAUAAGGUAUCUUUGAGGAAUUAUAGAUUCUCGUUAAUAUUAAAUCUGGUAUAGGGAAUGGAUAUUUGAUUUCAAGUCUAAAAUAGGGUACUGACCAAAAUACAAAUGAACAUGGUUUCUUCCUAUACCCAGUAGCACACACCAACCUAAUUCAGUACUAAAGAACCCCUAAGGAGCAGGGUCUAUAACAACAGUGGUAGCGGGGGCAAACGCAAGGCUCAUCAAAUUGUUUUAGUUUAUGCGGUUUUGCUUAGGUUUUUGCUUAUGCCUAAACCGGCUCAUGUCCAUAGUGAAUUUCCCAAAUCUGGCAGAGUCGGUUAAUGAUCCAUUCAGCUGCAAACACCAUUUCAGUACUUCAGAUAUCGGUUUACGUGAACAGAAUCAGUUUUGCUUUAAUUUUCUGUUUGUUUAAUAAGAGUUUGAUUCGAUUGAUUUCUUCAAAUAUAUUAUUUAUGCUUGGGAAAUACACAGGAAAUAGACUGAAGUGAAUUGCGUCUGACCUUGAUUGUUGCUUUCUUCCUAAAGAACUUUUAUGUCACUGAUUUCUCAGUCUGAUAUACGUUUUAGGGCCCUCUCGGAAAGUAUACAACGACGAGUCACCGUCAUUAGGAACCCGAAACCACGACUUGUGAGAACUUCAAGGAACAAUAGCUCUUAAUAUGAAGCAAAACAAUAUCUCUGCAAGUCCAGCGCUUUUCUGCAAAUUUCUUUGACGUCCCUGCUUAACUAUGACGAGUAAUGAGCAAAUUUUGCUUUCUCAAAGGGCCGAACGUAAACGCAGGACGAUAUUUUUUCUGUAUCCGAAUUCGAAUUAGGAUACUGAUUAAACACGCAAGUCAGGACAAGGAGCGUUUGCAUGCUUAUUAGCCUCGAGACAAUAAGCCCGAGAAAAGGACGGUUUGCACUCGCAAACCGCCAUUUAAUAAAACGAAUACAAUUUUCAAUUGUUUAUGCUCACACUCAGACACUCCUUCUUAGACUUACCGUGACUUACAGGUCGUGGAAAAACGUCAGAAUUUUCAAACGCAAGGAAACGUUUGUCUCCCCAUUUUGUUGUCAACUAUGAUUUGUCGAAUAAAGUAAGGAUAGAAUCGUAGUGCCUGAAUUGUGUACAUUACUAAGUUGUACGAAAUUUCUCACCAAUUAACACCACAUUCUUCUGAUUGGAUGCUGCGUUUAUGCGACUGCGACGUUCGAUCGAGGGCGGCGUUUAAUCGAGUAAAUACGGUACUAUACAUUCUUUUGCAUGCCCUAUAAGUUUGUUUAUGUAUGCGGGCCUAAACGUUUUGUUUUGUUCAUCCUCCAGGUAUUCCCUCUUUGCGGGGAACAUGCGAAACGUGACCACCGGCUAUGUCAUUGGACAAACGGACCUGGCAGACAAUAGUGAGCACCAAGUAGAAAUAAAGCAAACGGAGGCAAACGGCAGCACGCUCACUCUCUACGUGGAUGUCGACAAAAAGCUCAUCGAAAUACCUGGGUUUUAUUCCAGGCGUUUUGCGCAUCAGACUUUCUACGUUGGAGGUGUUGACCUUAUUCAGAGAAGAAAAAGACACUGGUAUUUAAGAGAGAUUCUUCCCUAUGUUCCAUUUGAAGGGUGCCUGGAUAACCAACACGUUAAGAUUAAUGGUAUAAACCUGCUCGAUUUGGCAAGAAAGGGAAAUGCAUCUGUUUCUGGAAAACUAACUCCUGGCUGUAACAUAGCCUCUAAGGGAUAUAAUCCAAUAACUUUUAAAAGACCCAAAUCCUUCAUCAAGCUGAAUGUUCCAGUAAUGAACACUGCUUCCUAUAGCGUCAAGUUCCGCACGUACAUCGGGCAAGGAAUCUUGUUACAUCAGCGAGCAACGGUAAGAAACGGCGCUAACAUACUACUGUCCCUAGAUUCUGGUAGAGUCAAACUGGAAUUCGCACUUGAAGGUAAAUCGGUUCCACUUCGAAGUGUAUUGGCCGGGCUUGAUGAUGGAAUGUGGCAUUCUGUGAUUGUUGAUAUUAGCGCAAAAAGAGUCACGCUUACUGUGGAUAAUAAAGAGUCAUCUGCUGACUGUGAUGGUUCCUUUGUAACUAGUUCCGAGGUAUUUGCCGGAGGCAAUGAAUGGGGGAAGAAUGGUUUUGUCGGAUGUAUGCGUGAUCUUAUCGUACAGGGACAGAAUAUCAGUUUGCGAAAUUUAUGCCGAACCCAAGUAUGCAGGAAUGAGUGUUCGCUUCCAGACCUCUGUGUUCCUAACCCUUGUAGAAACCGUGGUAGGUGCUCUCAGCAAUGGAACCAAAGCGUUUGCGACUGCUCAGGAACUGAUUUUACGGGUGCAAAAUGCGAGAAGCCGGCGUUUUUUAUGCAGUCAUGUGCUGAUUGGUAUGCUGCGGGUAAAAGGACUAAUGCAUAUUACAGAAUAAAUGCACGACAUUCAGAGCCUUUUGCAGUCUAUUGCAAUAUGACAAACAUAAGAGGUCCUUCAACAGUGAUUUUUCAUACCCGACAUAGAAAUAAAGUUAUUGCAGCUCGAAACAAUCGUGACGGUAAAUAUUAUCAGCACGAAAUCAUCUAUGAGAAUUCUAAUGACCAAAACAUUAGGGACCUAAUAUCAAGCAGCACGCAUUGUAGGCAAUAUCUUCAGUACAAAUGCUAUAACUCAGUAAUUUUUGAUUCGCCUAAAACUUUCCAUCUUAAGUCGGGCAGAGGAGCACGCUGGGUAUCACGUGACGGACAAUUGCAGGAUUACUGGUCAGGUUCGUCUGAAGGGAGUAUGAAGUGCGCAUGCGGAAUGAAUGGAACGUGCGUCGAAAGAAACAAGGUGUGCAAUUGCGACACCACUGACAAUAAGUGGCAUACGGAUGAUGGAUAUCUAACAAAUUUGCGACACCUACCGGUAAAAAAGUUGUUAUUUAGCGUAGAUGGAACUAGCGCGAAAUCUUACUACAUUUUAGGAAGUCUUGAAUGUUACGGCUCAACUACUAUUAGAACAACCACGACCGACUUUGCACCAAAUGGCAGUUUCACCACACCUAAUCCAACAACCCUAGAAUCGACCAAGCAAACAGCAAAGUCUCCAAGCACUUCAUCCACUGGAACGUCUGGUAGAAAAGGUCAUACUAACAACAUUCAGGUCAGUACAGUUACCUCUAACUUGGCAGGCACGCUGCACGACAGCGCUGCAACCACAGAACCUCAGAAGAGGUCGACAACACACACCCAAGAAAGUCUUCAACCACACGUAAUUGUCAUAGAGGCAACUAGGAGAUACAUAACCAUUCGCGAAAACGCCAACCAACAACUUGUGCUUAUCAUACUUAGCGUUAUUUUAGCCGUGUUCGUUAUUGCAAUCCUUUUGCUUAUUGUGAAACAGAACUUGUUUUAUCCUUGCAAGUGUCUAAAAGUGCCGUUUUGUCAUGAGGUACCCAAUUCAGAUACCAUCGAGCUUCGCCCGCCAAGUCCUGCCGAACCCGAGAUCCUGCAGCUUGAAGCAAGCCCUUAUCCGGCAAGAAAUUACCAUAUUGUAUCUCACGAUGGCCGCGAUUCACCUUCUUUAGAGAUUUACAGUGACGCCGAGACUGAUAGGUUAGAUAUUAGCAAUGGCAGCUCCACUUGGAACUCGGAAAACGCGGACAUGGAAAAAGAAAAAUCGGAAAAGCGGAAGGAUUUUGAAGAUAUUGAUCUCGGGCUCAUUGACCUUGUACCUUUUCCUGGCUGUAAACAAUUCAGCACGGAGCAGCAAAUUCUGAAACUUAAGGAGGUCUUAUAUGACGUCCUAACUGCCGCUGACGUCACUGCCACCUACAGCGACAAAAACAAAAACACUACUAACCCUACUAAACGCUGUCAGGAAGUGGCGCAAUGCAGAGCUGACGUACAGUGUAACCAGCCACUGUUAACAGAAGACAAACAAUUAGGAGAUUCAAAUAGCGAUUCUACAGCUUCUAUUUCUGACAUAAGCUCAACGAUUGAAAACUCUCCAGACAUCUCUCCUUGCAACGAAGAGAUUGAUGUGAAAAGCUUCAGCAAAGAAUCGUCCGAAGAGAACGCUUACAAAUCAGCGAGAGACAAAGGUAGUUUGACUUCCUCCGACCCCCAUGAUAACUACCUUUCGUUAGAUGUGGAUAGUCUAGAGAGCGGUACUCUAAGACAGCCAUUAAAUGUAGCGAAUUUAAAUGGCAACUGCAGUUACGAUGAACAACUUUUAUAUGACAAUGGUUUUAGCCACCGACGCCAAAAGCAAGCUGAGCUGCAAAAUGUAUCCGAUGGCAAGUAUCUCAAGAAAAACAUGCACAGGCAUAGCUCGCCACGUUCGCACCUAUUUUCCCGCCAAAAGAGCGAAGAAGAAUCACUGCUGUCCUCGAACCAAGCUAGUCGAGAUAUUCCAAGCAGAGGCAAUUGUCUCUUAGAAAGUCGCUGUAGUGGCGUUUCUAAUACUUUUCAUCAUACUAAGCAGCCGCGGCAGCAGCAGCAGCAGUAUCCAAAUGGUCAAGAAAAUCAGAUUAAAGAGCGCUAUAAGACGCCCGCUUGUGCUAUGCCGCUCAAGCAUUCGCGUGCACAGAAAUAUGAAACAGAACUAUAG